UUUUUUCACUCAACCUCUCAUUUGACUCAGAGGCAGUCACACACCAAUUUGCGCACAGACGGUGGAAAAAUAGGGGCAGAAGAUGGCUGACUUUACCGGGCAUCGCGAGCCCUCAACAGCAUCAUCAACAUCACCCGGGCUGUUCCCAAGCUUGACAUUCGCGGUUAGGCAACUUUAAAUCAGCCCCGCCUUAUCCAACCAUCCACCACCGCAAAUAUUGACAGAGCUAUUAUAAACAAUGGCAGAGAUGGAAAAAGAGGGCAGACCCCCCGAAAAUAAAAGAAGCAGAAAACCGGCUCACCCCGUGAAAAGGGAAAUCAACGAAGAAAUGAAGGUUCGGGCUGAGCGGGCCCACCCAUGGGCAGGCAUGGCGGGUGAUCUCCAUGGCAACCCACCCUACUCCAUGAGUUUUGCAGAGAACACUAUGAACGAGCUGCUGGGCUGGUACGGCUAUGACAAGGUAGACCUGAGAGACCAGGACAACAUCGACAUACGGAACUACCCAGAUGGAGAGGUACAACACAUCUCUGUCCUGAAAGAAAAAUCUUUGCCAAAAAUCCCAGGAGGAUCGGGGGAGAACAGCGAUGUCUCCCCAAACCAAGUCAAUAGCUCCCACUCUACAUCAACAUCAAGAAAUGGAGUGACAGAGUCCUCCACCACCCCAUCCACCUCCACACCCAGCACCAGGGAGCAUGGGAACAUGCCGAUCAUAGUCCCACUGAUCCCACCCUCCAUGAUCAAGCCACCAGCAGACGAGGAUGUGUCUAACGUCCAGAUCAUGUGCGCAUGGUGUCAGAAGGUUGGCGUCAAACGCUACUCCCUCAACAUGGGCACUGAGCUAAAGAGCUUCUGCAGUGAGAAGUGCUUUGCUGCCUGCCGCAGAGCCUACUUCAAGAGAAACAAGCUUGGAUAUUUAAGGAAUUACAGGGCGAGAGACGAAGACGGCCAUGGUGAGAAAUUACCCCAGCACAGCUAUUCUAAGGAUACGCCCAGGCUUGUCUUCAAAACAAACAGCGAUGUGCUUGUGUGUGACUGGUGCAAACACAUCCGCCACACCAAGGAGUACCUGGACUUUGGUGCCGGUGAACGGAGGUUGCAGUUCUGCAGUGCCAAAUGCCUGAACCAGUACAAGAUGGACAUCUUCUACAAAGAGACUCAGGCGGCGCUGCCAGGGGGCCUGUGUAACCCAGGACACGGCCCUGUGGAGGGCAAGUCAGAGAGCAGCACUGGGUUGCAGCUUUUAACACCCGAUUCCUGGGGCACACCUUUGGGUGACUUACGUCGCAAAGCACCUUCUCCUGGGGCAAACCCCUCUGUGCCAGUCCCCUCCAGCUCCACCGCUGCCUCUCCCUCUGAGACAGGCACCGUCUGCUCUCCUUCUUUCUCGUCCGCCAAAAACUCCACACCCAGACCCCACGAGAGUCCCACCUUACCCCCUCACCCACACCCCUCUCUGCACCCUCCCAUGGGAGUCCCCUCGGGCAGCCCCCCCAUGGUGAUGACGCCCCGGGGGCCCGUGCCCCUGCCCUUCUUCAUGGAACAUCAGAUGAUGCAGCAGAUGCGCCCUUCGUUCCUCCACCCACCUCCCCACCGCCCAGGCCCCAACAGCCCUCUGUCCAACCCAAUGAUCCCUGGCAUCGGGCCACCACCCCCACCACCCAGAACCAUGGCUCCACCAUCCAGCCCUAUGCACAGGCCCCAGUUCUCACCCCACCACCACCCCACCAACAACCCCAACCUUGGAGGGAACCCUCCAGGGAUGAUGCCACCCUAUCCAGGCCUACACAUACCUGGUUUUCCUUUCACCUCCAACAUGAUGCCAAACGGGCCCAUGCAUAUGCCGCACAUGAUGAACUUCGGUAUACCUUCCCUUGCCCCCCUGGUGCCCCCACCAACCCUGCUGGUCCCUUACCCUGUAAUCGUGCCCCUGCCCGUGCCCAUCCCUAUACCCAUACCCUUCCCCUUCAACCCCAAGACCUCCAAGGACAACCCCAGCAGCAACAACGACCCCAUUCCGAGUGUGUCGGGGGAGAACACUGAUCUGACGGAGCCCAAGCCUUUCUACUCUGGUUCCUCCAAAGGGGAACUGAAGUUGGGGCCCUCCAGUUCUGGGGUGCACUCCUUGGGCUUUUCUGGCUAUACUCUGGACCGCUUUGGCUCUGAGAGAAGUAGGAUUGGUGUGGUGGACCUGACCGUGAAGACUGAGAGUACGGAGAGUGCCACCACCUUGGGACUCUCGCUCCCUGGUGGCCCCGCAGCCUCCCUCUCCGAGGGAGUGAUCGACCUGACUCUGGGCCAGCGGUCGCGGCUGCAGCAGGUCACCCAGCGGGUGGUGCCCAGUGUCCAGGUGAAGGUGGAACCGGAAGGGGACUCAUCCAGCCCCCCACCCUCUGGACCAUCCUCUCUUGAUGUAUCUGGGAAGGGGGACAGCAGCCUAGAGGACAUGAGCCAGGAGGUCAGGGAGGCCAUUAGUGUCUCUCUGAAGCCAAACUCUCUAUCUUGUUGCCAGGCCACAUCACCAUCCCCCCAGCCAAACGAAAACUCCUACCUCACCCAGCUCACAAACCACCCUGGCACCACACAGACCCAGCCCUGCAACCUCGCUGCCCCCUUUAAUGUCAUAGUAAACGGCAGCAGUCAAUCCACAGACAGCCCCGGCAGGAGCACGCUACCCACACCUCAGCCUGACCCUGGUCGGAGAGGAGGAGGUGGUGAACCGGCCAACUGCGAGCUGGAGCGGGAUGCCCUGAAGGAGAACAGCUGCACAGUGGCGGAGUGGGAACCAGGUAAGAGAGGCCCGAGUGACGAGGCAGCACAGGGGGGCACUGAUGAAGGCAAGCUAGAAGCUUUCUGCGACCUUAUGGAUCUAGACGAUGAUGACGACCACGCCUAUGCACUGCUGCUGCCCAAGGCUGGCUGUGUUAUUCAGCCCGGGCCAAAGCCCAGCGACAAGACAGCCAUUGUGUCCUAUAGCAUCAGCGCUCCUCUGGCGGCAGGGAGCCCCGAGCUGGAGCCGCCGUUAAAGAGGAGGUGCCUGCGAAUACGCAAUCAGAACAAAUGAGGCAGAAAAGCUCAGAAAGGUGGCAGUAUUUCCCCAACAGAAUGAGGGACGCUUUUGAAGCUGUUGACUACACUAGCCUUCAACUAUCCGCUCCUCCACUCCACAAACCUCUCUCCCAGCCAACCAGCCACGUAACCCUAAUCUUGACCACUCAGACCACCCACACUGCCCAUCUCCCUUCCAAAGCAAAUGCUCUGUCAGAUCUCUGCUCUCCGACCCGAGAAGCCACAAUGCUAACCCAAUAGAUUUACCAGCAGUUGUAUGUUCACUGGAAGAGUCCUAAGGUAGCAUUUUUAGCCAGUCUGUCCCACAGUGAAAGGGGGAGUUUUCUUGUGGCAAGAAAUUCAGGCUAAAGUCAUCCCACCCCACCUCCAUUUGCAUGAUCACAACCAGUACAAAAUGCUAACCUCCAACCCCCAUCCCACCAUUGACAGUAACACCAAAAAGAGACAUCUCAUGAUGGAAGGUAACAAUCAGAAGGAGACAUUUUCUGAGCCUCGUUGGUUCAGGAAUAAGAAGGAAAAAGAGGAGCGGUGAAAUCCUUGUGUUCUGACUGUAGCGCUCUCCAUCCCUGGAGAUACCAAGGCCCCCUGCCACCACAGAGCCGUUCUCUUGUAAAGCAAUGGGGAUAUCUCCACAAUAAAAGGAGACCUUGGCACUAUUGAUCUGCUCCUCUUCAGUGAGUUUUAUGGUCAUAAAAGACAAGGAUUUUCAUGUAUAUCCUCACUCACUGAUUUGUGGACAACAGGGUAGCGAUCUCACCAGCAAAUGAUGGUGGGCAAUUGUGGACUAUGUGCAAUCUCUGCCAUCGUGGAGGCCAUUUUGCAUCUCUGCAAGCCCCUGGUCAGACCGGAUCAGAUGUGUAAUUCUAAUUCUUAUCAUAAUUUAUAUAUUUACAUUUUUCACAUCCUAAUGCUAUUGAUGAUAAUGAUGUACUGUAUCUUCAGCCACAUCUCUGAUGUUAUGGUAAUGGAGUGACUUCCAUCAUGGAAGCAAAAACAGGACUGCUGCUCAUCACACCGCUAAGGGAUUGCGUCAAUCAGGAGUUGAGACCACACCCAUUAGCAUUGUUUCAUCACUAGUGUUCAGGGUUGUAAUGCUGCACUAGGAUUUACCAUUGACAAGUGAUGCCGACUCUCUCUUACAAUCAAAUUUGCUUGUCAUUCUUGGAUAAUUUUCUGGAAACAAUGGUCCAAACUAUUUGUCAAGCCAAACUACUGAAAAAAAUGUAACAAUUCUUUAAUCAGUCACACAUGUUGUCAUAGAUAGUCAUAUUUACAUUCAAACAUUUUUUUUAACAGUUAUUUAAUAUUUUAUUUAACUAGGCAAGCCAGUUAAGAACUAAUUCUUAUUUACAAUGAUGGCCUACCCCGGCAAAACCUGGACGAUGUUGGGCCAAUUGUGCGUCCUAUGGGACUCCCAAUCACAGCCGGAUGUGAUGCAGCCUAGACUUUUAUUAUGAUAUGGGGAAUCAUCUCACUUCCCUGUCCUUCAUCCUGUUCUACAUUUUGUAAUUUUCCAGUGUUAAUCUGUCUGGAUUAUAACAUUUUGUCAGUUUAUUUUGCUUCAUCAGAGUUUAUGCUGCCGGUAGACAGUAACAUUUUUGCCAUCUAUUUAUUUACUAUGUUUUGGUGUCAUUACGUUUGCUAUGGCUUCAUGGAGGAAUUGUUUGCUCAAUUAUCUUGUAUAUCUAGUAUGUCUUCAAAUCUUUUGGUGCAAAGAUUAAACGAUUUCUCCCCCAUAGACUUCUUUCAACAUCAAAUUAGCUUUUUCGAUUUUCAUGUGUAAUCUUUCCUGCCAAAUCCUCCACCUUCUUGCCAACUUCUUUUUCCAUCUCUCCAUUUCCCUUUGAAUCUGAACCUUUUUUCUCUUCCACUGAACACCAAUGGGAAAUGUCAUGUCACACCCACUCCAGCGCUAUGGGUUGCAUGUUUUAUUACAGAAAUAGGAGAGUUACACACAAACACAUACACAUGCGUGCAUUUACACACACACACACACACACACACACACACACACACACACACACACACACACACACACACACACACACACACACACACACACACACACACACACACA